AUGGCAAGGCGACUGGAAAUAUUGAGGUCUUCUGGAGAGGUGGUUGAGAAGGUCAGGGACAUAAGGUUUCUAUUGAACUUUAUCACGACGUCCGAAAACGUAUAUCAACAGUCCUUCUACGUACCACACUGGAUCGCAAAGCGCUCUCCGUAUCUCUGCAGCCUCAUUCCAUAUACAUCGGCUGGACUUGAAGGCCUUUGCAUCGAACUCCAUAAUAUUUGUCCAAUGGCAUUCGGGGUCUACGUUGAGUGGCUGCACCUCAACCAAAUCACCCCGAUAUGCGCUGACGCUGUAGCCUUUCGCUCCCCAGUCCCGCAAAUUUCUACUCUGCUUUUCGGAGACUGUAUGACGCUCAUACGCGCUCAUAUGUUAGGGUCAAAGUUCCAGCACGCCCAUUUCCAGGACCAUAUCAUCGACCAAAUGACGCGGAUCUUGGACCCGAGCCAAACACCAAACGUUGAGAUUUUGACAGUUGUGUUUGGCGAGGAAAUUGUAAGCAAGGAGUUGAGGUCUUUUGUUAUCGACAAUAUGUUCGCCGCAGAAAGGAGAAUGCUAGCAAUGUUGCGAGGAAAUGCAGAAGACAUGCGGAGAGGUAGCAGUGCCAACCCCAGCUGCGACUAUCAUAUUCAUGAAGGAGGAAGAUGCUACAGAGAUGUACCAUGGCCCCAGGUCUAUCAAGAUGAGAACAUGCGUCACGUAUCAUUGUAUUCAAACACGCUGUCUAGCCGCAAAGCUGCUUUCUCGCAAAAUCUGGGCCAUGAAGACACAACGAUACUUGAGAACAUUCCUUCGUCUCCGAUGGAUAAUACCUCGUUUUAUUUGAUGCCAAAACCUAAUUCGAACCCCUCUGGAGAUAUGAGGUGGCCUCGAAUAGCUCAUAGGCCAGGACAACGAGAGAAAGUACCACCUGAAUUAGUUAACAAACCUCUUCCUCCACUUCCCGACCAGCCGAUCAAGCCAACACACCUUUUAUUUGCCCCAUAUUUUCAAAGUAUCACUUACCACCAUACCCCGGAAACCAUCACUACGCAGGAUAUCGUACAUGAAUGUCUCAAUCGACUACCAACCAAAUCUUCUGAUACUCCACCGCCCGUUGUGGACCAUGAAGAAGACUAUGAAUUUCCCAUAUUUUCGGAAUCAAUUUGUAGCCUUCAGACGCCAGAGCCUUCCAACCUUUCACACGAGCCACCCAAAAUGAUAUCCUCCACAGGCUCAACCAAACGGAAGCCUGUGCCACCUCGUGGUGAAGACUGGAUUGAGCAGUACAACUGUGUAAAUGAACUCAACAUGACAUUAAGUUCAGAUUCGACAAGAAAAUAG